AUGAGGGCCUUUCUCCUCCUCUGGGUCGCAUGUGUGGUGGCGGAGGAGUGGUUGAUAGAGACGCUGUACUCCGACCACGAGUGCAAAAGCCUUGUUGAGGAUGACGUGCCCGCGGGAAUGUUGGGCGAGUGCUCACAGAUAUAUUUCACGAAGUACACGAAGUCAGACGUAAAUGGCACGCAUGCUGUCGUGCGCGACUACAACUUCUCGAGCUCCAAGUGCGAAAGCGAGCCACUUCAGGAGAACAGGUACGAGCUCAAUACCUGUACUGCGCGUGAAGACGGGGGUGCCAGCAAGUGGACACUGCAGACCUUUGAUGCAUGGAGGGUUCGAGUCUACAUGGAGCCGGCCUGUGCAGGAACACGGACCGUUGAGGGACUUCAACCUCUGGGCUUUUGCCGCAGGUCAUCAACCCACGAGAGCAGCCAGAAGCUCUGUCACGGGGGCAAACUGCUACAGUACGAGUACAAAAACACUGCCAACUGCUCAGGCCCUGGUGAGGAGGCCGGGGCCGACAUUUUCCUGAAUGGGUCCUGCUUUGAGUGGUCUCUUACCUCUCUGGGCAACAUCUCACUCCGGAAUUGGGGAGUUGGGGGCUCCUGCCCUUCGCCAACCCCAGCCCCGCCAACUCCACCAGUUACUCCCUCCUCGCUGGACAGCCAUCCGCUGGCUGCGGUGCUGGGGUGUGUGUUGCUGGCGCUGGCCGCGGCAUUCCUGUUUCUCUUGCUCAGGAGGCCAAGGGGACGGAGGGCACUGGUCACGCAGAGGAACCAACUUGAGCUGGAGCAGCUGCAGUGA